UUCCGUGUUCAUGCAUCCUGACAAACACAUCAGUUGCUGAAAACAAAUUGUGGGAAACAGCGGUUCCUGAUUAUGCAUCAAAAAUAUAGUAAACGUCUCUAACUUGUGAUUUUUUGGUUGCGGUGGGUGUAAGUUAUUGAACAAACAAUCGCGCCAAAAGUUUUGCAGCUAUGAAUUCGGAGAAAGUCAGGGGUCAGGGCCCCUUUGCCGUGGUGAGACACCUGACAGCAAGUAUAGGUGCACACCCAGCCGCGGUGGCUUACGCGAUGACAACUGUUGGGGCGAGCAUGAUGAACAGCAUAUUCAGCUUCUAUUAUGUCAAGCUCUUUCUAAACAAGUACAAGAUCUCAGAGGGAGCCUUCCACCAAUCUCAAGUAGUUUACAUGAUCUGGAAUGCGGUGAACGACCCCUUGUUUGGGUACCUGCAGGAUAACUCUCGCAUACCAUGCUGCUCCCACAGACGCCUCUCCAUCCUUUAUGGUGCUCCCUUCUACGCUCUGGCUUUCCUGCUCGCUUGGUUCCCGUGGCGGGCCUACCAGUCCGGCGACUGGCUCAGCGGCUUGCACCUGAUGGUGACCCUGUGUGCCUUCGACGGCAUGCUGACCUUCGUCCUGCUGGCCCAGUGUGCCCUGUUCGCCGAGAUCUCGGCCCACCACCAGAGCCGGCUCCGCCUCAUCCAGUACAGCCAGGUGGCGUCGCUGGUGGGCUCGUCCAGCGUGCUCUUCUGCGGCCUUGUAUCGAGCAACAUGGAGGACUUUGGCGCUUUCCAGACCUUCUGCAUGAUUGUAGCCGUGCUGGGCGCCGGCUGCAUGCUCUACACGGGCCUGAACAGCGAGACCCGCUUCGACAGCAAGACCCAGUCGGACGGCUCCCCAUCCUCCUCCGAGCCUCAGCUCUCUCUGGCCUCAGUGCUCUCCAUGACGUGGCAGAUCCUCGCCAACCGGGACUUCCAGCUCUUCGUGCUCAUGAACUUCUUCCAGGUCUUCAUGGUGGCCUUCUGCAACAACUUCACCAUGAUCUUUGCUGAGUACCUCAUCCCGCCCGAUGUGCUGCCCUCGUUGGCCAAGAGCCUCAUGUAUGGCGCCGGCUUCAUCUGCCCACAGAUCCUGGUCCUGAGCAGCCAGAGGCUGCUGCAGCGCGUUGGCUACUACCGGCUGAUCCUGCUCGCCUUUCACGUGGAGGCAGUGGGCGCCGCUAUCAUGCUGCUGCUGGGCCGACACCACUAUUAUCUGCUGGCCAUCUUCCUCACCGCCAACAUGGUUUUGGUUCAGGCUGCCUUCAGUCUCUUUAAUUUACCCCUGGCAGACAUCAUCGACUCUGAUCUCCAGAGAUACAAACGCAGCACCCCUUUGUCCUCCAUGGUCUUUGGGACCAACGCUUUGUUCACUAAACCAGCGCAGUCAUUGGCCCCCAUGUUGGUCGUCUCUGUUCUGAACCAGUAUGGCUACGAAAGUCUAAAAGACACUUCACAGGCCACAGACCCGAGUGUACUACAGCCCUUAUAUGGAGCCAUGUUCUACCUGGUGUGUUUGGUGCCCCUCUGUGUCUCUGCACUACAAGUGCUGGCAUGGCGGCCGUUCUCCAUCAGAAACAGUCACACUGUUGACUCCAAGUACAUCGAUGGCUGAUAUACUCAUACUGUAGAUCUCCGUUCCAUUGGUUGUGUUUGACCUAUGGGCAGAAUAUGCACUGGAAGCUAUACAGUGAAAAUGUUCACUGGAUGAAUGUAGAAGAACAGAGGACUAUGAUGUGCUUUAAACUCUGUUGAAAUGUGAUGGUUUUUUUUAUAUCUUCUUUAUGAUGGCAGUUGCUGUUUUGUUUACUCUGUCUUUUCUUUAAUAGGGUGAGCCUUAAAAUGGUUCAGUGAGUGAGUGCCUUAAAUAGUGCAUUGGCCCUCCACCACUGGGAUUUUCAGUGUUUGACAAUAACUGUUUCAAAGGGACAGGUUUCAUCUUUACCUAUUGGAAGUCAGCCACAUGAAAGAGCUAAGAAGUGAGAUUAGCUACCCUAGUAGCAAAUUAGCCAUAAAUGAAAAUGCUAAAAUCACACAAUGGAGUUAAGGGCUGCUGAAACAUUUAGUAUAGAAUGUAGAAUGACAUUUCCAGACUUGGGCCAAGGUUUGAAACAUGCCAGUGUUCACUAAAUUUGGUAUAUUUGUUUUAACUCAGUGACUAUCAAUUUCAUUCAUAACGUGGCCUUGCCUUGACAGUAGAAUGGGGUUUUAACCCAUUGACUACAGACAUUUCACACACACGUGUCUUAAUGAUUUAUACGAGACAUCUUAAAUGAAGAUUGCUACUAAAGUUACUGCCAGCUGUGCAGAAUUCAUGAAAUAACUACAGCUGAAAAACAACCACUGUUCUGAUAAAAGAGAAGAGUUAAGUUGUAACCUAUAUUUGAUAUCAAACAAUUUGAACUGGUUUGUAUGCUUAUAUUUUUUUGAGAAUUUUCUUUUCCUUUUUAUCAGUUGUGUAAGACUGUUUUGUCACCAGACUACAAAACUGACUUUAGAUAAAAGGUUUGCGUUUGGAAGGACUAUUAACAGUAAAGCUAUUGUAUGAGA